CACGUCACGGCACUGCACUUGGUGAGCUGGGUGCAUCCACGUGGCGCCGAGUUGCGUCAAGCUGGCAUCAGUUUACGACGAAUAUGCGAAUUGGCUGCACGCGGUAAAAUGACGGACGAUUCGAGCAUGCUUUUUCGACGUUUCGAGCCUAUGCUAUUGUCGCGUGUGAGGCAUGGCACCGCAAAUCUUGUACAGUUUUGUGGCGAACAGUUUUACGUGGAAGUGAAAUAUGAUGGUGAGCAUUUUUUGCUGCAUAGAGGCCCCGGUGGUGAAAUGCGAUAUUUUUCGAGGGCCAAAAACGAUUUCACAAAAACCAUUGCGCCCGUACUCGAUCACCGAAUCAACUCGUUUUUUGCACCAUCCGUCGAAAGCUGCAUUUUGGACACCGAGUUGUUGCUGUGGGAUACCAUCGACGAGAAAUAUGGUUUUUUUUUUUAA